UGCAACGCUAUCGAGACUAUACGUGACUAUACUAUAGUCACUGAUCUUGUAGCGACUUUCUAAUAUAGGUUUGUAGAUGGCAUCACUGUUUGAAGAUUAACAAAAUGUCGCUGACAAGUUUGUUACCUGCACCCUCGCAAGUGGUGUGGGACAGGGAAGAUGAAGCGCGUGAACAAAAAUUACGUCAAAGACCUGUAUCAGCUUUGGUCAAAGCUGUUGUUACUGCUCCACCGUAUGGACAACGUAAAGGAUGGGUGCCCAGAAACCCAGAAGAUUUUGGAGAUGGUGGAGCAUUUCCAGAAAUUCAUGUGGCUCAAUAUCCAUUGGGGAUGGGAAUGAAAGGAAAAGAAUCCACCAGUAAUGCUUUGGCAGUACAACUUGAUGCUCAAGGAAAAGUAAAAUAUGAUGUAAUUGCUAGACAAGGCCACUCUAAGGACAAGAUUGUCUAUAGCAAACUAAGUGAUCUAUUACCCUCAGAAAUAACUAGUGAAGAGGAUCCUACUCUGCAACGUCCAUCUACCGAAGAAACUGACGAACUUACAGAAAAAACCAGAAAAGCUUUAGAAAAAAUAACAAGAUCAAAAAUUGCUGCAGCCAUGCCAGUGAGAUGUGCUGAGAAACAAGCACCUGCACAAUAUAUUCGAUAUACACCUUCGCAGCAAGGACAAUCUUUUAAUUCUGGGGCUAAACAGAGAGUUAUUAGAAUGGUAGAAGCUCAAGUAGAUCCAUUAGAACCACCAAAAUUCAAAAUUAACAAGAAAAUACCGAGAGGACCUCCUUCACCUCCGGCACCCGUUAUGCAUUCUCCUACGAGAAAAGUUACAGUGAAGGAACAGAAAGAAUGGAAAAUACCACCUUGUAUCAGUAAUUGGAAAAACGCAAAGGGCUACACGAUUCCUCUUGAUAAACGUCUAGCUGCAGACGGUCGCGGAUUGCAGCAAGUUCACAUUAACGAAAAUUUUGCCAAGUUAGCCGAAGCUCUUUAUAUCGCUGAUAGAAAAGCUCGUGAGGCGGUAGAAAUGCGAGCACAGCUUGAAAAGAAAUUGGCUCAAAAGGAAAAAGAAAAGAAAGAAGACCAUUUGAGACAGCUGGCACAAAAAGCCAGAGAAGAGCGUGCUGGUUUGAAAUCUGCCGCAUUAGAAAAAUCAGAGGACUCGCGUGAAAGAGAUCAACUUAGGCAAGAAAGGCACAAAGAUCGUGCUCGUGAACGCAAUUUGGCGCGUGCGGCACCUGAUAAACGUUCCAGACUACAACGUGAACGUGAAAGAGAUAUUAGCGAACAGAUAGCACUUGGUUUACCAGCGAAAAGUAUUCCUAAUAGCGGGGAGGCACAGUUCGAUCAACGACUGUUUAAUACUAGCAAAGGAAUGGAUAGUGGUUAUGGUCACGACGACGAGUACAACGUUUACGAUAAACCAUGGAAAGAUUCUAAUUCCAUUGGUUCUCAUAUAUACCGUCCUAGUAAAAAUAUCGAUAAAGACACCUACGGAGAUGAUCUGGAGAAACUCGUCAAGACAAAUAGAUUCGUUCCGGACAAAGAGUUCAGUGGAACUGACAGAUCAAACACACGCUCUGGACCAGUACAGUUUGAGAAAGAUGAAGAAGAUCCUUUCGGUUUGGAUCAAUUCUUGAAACAAGCUAAGCGUGCUAGCAGUUCAACUACCACCACGACAAAACGUAAAGAUGAACAACGGAGAGAUGAUCGUGAUAAGCGAAGGAAACAUUAAUUUUCCUAGUUGUUUAAUCGUUCUUAUUAUUUUAGAACAAAUUCUAACAUUCUUUUUCUCUACACGCGUAUGAGUUACUUUGCGAAUUAAGAUAACGGGUAUAACUGUAACUACAUACUUAUUAAGGAGUAGCCCUUUGUACACUGUAUAAUGUGUUAUUUGCAUUAAUUGCAUUAAUUGUAUAUAUUUCACUAAAGCUCUAAUAAACAAUAUUUUAUUUCACAGGAA